GACCGCCUCCCGAGACGCCCUUCGGGCCGCGCCGCGCCGCGCCGCCCACCGGAGCGAGCGCGCGUCGAACCCCGGCCCGCGGAGGUCAACGUCAGGCGGCCUCCCCGCGAUGUCACGCGGCGGCGGCGGCGGGUGCUGCCCGUCGAUGGAUCUGAUGCGGUCGGAGGCGAUGCAGCUGGUGCAGGUCAUCAUCCCUGCGGAGUCCGCGCACCUCGCUGUCUCCUACCUCGGCGACCUCGGCCUCCUCCAGUUCAAAGACCUUAAUUCCGACAAGAGCCCAUUCCAACGGACUUAUGCUUCCCAGAUCAAGCGAUGUGGUGAAAUGGCUCGCAAGCUGCGGUUUUUUAGGGAACAAAUGUCAAAAGCUGCCAUAUCAACCUCUUCUACACAAUUUUCUGGAACCUUGGAAAUUGAUGAUUUAGAGGUUAAACUUGGAGAAUUAGAAGUUGAGCUGACUGAAGUUAAUGCAAACAAUGAAAAGUUACAGAGGACAUACAAUGAGCUGAUGGAGUACAAUGUUGUUCUACAGAAGGCUGGUGAAUUUUUCUCUUCAGCUCAACGAAGUGCAACAGAACAACAGAGGGAAAUGUCAGCAGAUCAGUCUGGUGAUUCUUCUCUGGAGAGUCCUUUAUUGCAGCAGGAAAUGGUGACAGAUCCAUCAAAACAAGUGAAACUUGGUUCCCUCAGUGGUCUUGUGCCAAAGGAAAAGGCUAUGGCCUUUGAACGUAUACUUUUCCGUGCUACUAGGGGUAACAUGUUUCUUAGACAAGAACCUGUUGAUGAAACUGUCACUGAUCCACUAUCUGGAGAAAAGGUCAUUAAAAAUGCAUUUGUUAUAUUCUACUCUGGGGAGAGAGCAAAAUCCAAGAUUGUGAAAAUCUGUGAUGCUUUUGGUGCCAACCGUUACCCGUUUCCAGAAGAUCUAGGCAAACAACUCCAGACUAUUCAGGAGGUAUCUGGAAAAAUAUCAGAGCUAAAGGCCACUAUUGAACUAGGUUUAGCUCACCGUGACAGCAUACUUAAAAGUAUUUCCUCAGAGUUUGAGCAUUGGAACACCCUGGUAAAGAAAGAAAAAGCUAUUUACCACACGUUAAACAUGUUGAGUCUUGACGUGACAAAGAAAUGCUUGGUUGCUGAGGGAUGGAGUCCUGUGUUUGCAACAAGUCAGAUCCAAGAUGCACUUCAGCGUGCCACUGUUGAUAGCAAAUCUCAAGUUGGUUCAAUUUUUCAAGUUCUCAACACACAAGAAUCUCCUCCAACAUUUUUCCAGACCAAUAAAUUUACUUCUGCUUUCCAGGAGAUUGUGGAUGCCUAUGGGAUUGCCAAGUAUCAAGAAGCAAAUCCUGGUGUCUUUACCAUUGUGACAUUUCCCUUCUUAUUUGCUGUCAUGUUUGGAGAUUGGGGCCAUGGUAUUUGUUUACUACUUGCAACACUGUACCUCAUAAUCAGAGAGAAGAAGCUAGCUUCACAGAAACUUGAUGAUAUAAUGGAUAUGAUGUUUGGUGGUCGCUAUGUGAUUUUGAUGAUGUCACUCUUCUCAAUUUACACUGGAUUGAUAUACAAUGAAUUUUUCUCAGUCCCAUUUGAACUCUUUGGUAAAUCCGCUUAUGCGUGCCGUGAUCCUUCUUGUGGAGAUGCUACCACGGAAGGAUUAAUUAAGGUGAGGCCAGCAUAUCCAUUUGGCGUCGAUCCUGUAUGGCAUGGUAGCCGCAGUGAGCUGCCUUUCCUUAAUUCAUUGAAGAUGAAACUGUCUAUUCUUCUUGGAGUUGCACAAAUGAACCUUGGAAUUUUGAUGAGUUACUUUAACGCAAAAUUUUUCAGAAAUGCCCUUAAUGUCUGGUACCAGUUUAUUCCUCAGCUCAUAUUCUUGAACAGCUUAUUUGGUUACCUUUCACUCCUCAUCAUUAUUAAAUGGUGCACGGGCUCAAAAGCUGACCUUUACCAUGUAAUGAUAUACAUGUUCCUGAGUCCAACCGACGAUCUUGGGGAGAACGAGCUAUUUCCUGGGCAGAAACUAGUGCAGCUUGUUCUGCUUCUGCUUGCUCUGGUUUCUGUGCCUUGGAUGCUGAUUCCCAAGCCAUUAUUCUUGAAGAGGCAACAUGAGCAGAGGCACCAAGGCCAACAGUACACCAUGCUUCAGGCCACAGAUGAAUCAGUAACAGAGCUGGAAGAAAACCAUGAAGACUCGCAUCACCAUGAGGAGUUUGAGUUCAGUGAAGUCUUUGUUCACCAGCUGAUCCACACAAUUGAGUUUGUGCUCGGUGCAGUCUCAAAUACCGCCUCAUACCUUCGUCUUUGGGCUCUCAGUCUUGCACACUCAGAGUUGUCCAGUGUCUUCUACGAGAAAGUUCUUGUUCUCUCAUGGGGGUACAAUAAUAUUUUCAUCCUCAUCAUUGGAGCAGUCAUCUUUCUCUUUGCCACUAUCGGUGUCUUGCUUGUGAUGGAGACCCUAAGUGCAUUCUUGCAUGCUCUGAGGCUCCACUGGGUAGAAUUCCAGAAUAAGUUUUAUGAGGGUGACGGAUACAAGUUUGCACCGUUUGCUUUCGCAUCAAUCAUCGAGGAGGAAGAUUGAGUCUGAAUUGUUGUAUGUAAUGUAGAAUGUAAAAUCGUAAGUCCUUCCCUGGAAUAAUCAUUGUUUAUCACCAUUGGUGAAGAUUCAGAAAACCCCAGUUCGUUGUGUUGGAGCAGGGGACGCCAAAUCAUUCUUUUUGCCUACACUAUUAGCCAUGCUAGGUUAUUCUGUAUAUUAUGAUCUGUUAUUACUUUGAGCAUUUACAAGAGCGGCUGGGACGAAGUUGCAAAUAAGUUAGUGCAUAGCAUAACUGCUUUUUACAUGGUGCUAUGUCAAUAAAUUUAUGUACUCAUGGAUGUGGCACGAGUGAUGUGUAUUUUGAAUUACACUUCUGGAAAUAAAUAAGUUUCAUUCUUCGUGCUUA